GACGGGAGGAUUCUUCAACAGCGACAAAAGGCUUCUGAUUCACCAACCGCGGUGGUUUGCUAGCGAACAUAAAACCGAACCAUUUAAGAUCUUUAGACCAUUAUUGUGUAUAUUAAUCUUAGUGUUUUAGAACAUCAUUAUGUUUACGUAUCUACUUGUUCAUUUAAACUCAAUUUGCUUAUUACAUUAGCAAAUGUGUUACAUUGGUACUGCGCUAGGCUAAUCUCCCUGAGCAUUUUUUAUUUGUAUUUAUUUCACCUUUAUUUAACCUAGUAGAGUAGUUGAGAACAAAUUCUCAUUUACAACUGCGACCUGGCAUGAGCUUACUAAACUAGACGGAGAAAGAAGCUCUGAUGAAAGGAGAGGAAGAAGCUUUCAGGAUGAAAAAGGAGGAAGAGGAGGCGAUCACAUUGAAAGAAGAAGAGGAUGAUAUUACAGUGAAAGAGGAAGAUGGGAAAGAGGUUGUCAGAGUGGAAAAAGAGGUAGAAGCUUUCGGAAUCAAAAAGGAGGAAGAUGCCAUAACAUUGAAAGAAGAGGAAGAACCUUUUAGAGUAAAAGAGGAAGAGGAGGCUAUCUCAAUAAAAGAGGAGGAAGACGUUUUGGGAGUGAAAAAGGAGGCGACUGAAGAUCCGAUUACCACCAGAGAGAGACAUGACUAUUGUCAAUCCUCUGGGGAGCCUCAACAACAUCCUGAUGCUGAGGAGGCAGAGAAGAGUCUCUCCAGAUCAGAACACCAGAUGGACAACGCUAGCCCUUCCUCCCUCCCGGAGUCCCCGUGUCAUGCCUCUCCCGGUAGCGCAGUACUGCUGGGUAUGAAGAGGUUGUCUGUGCUGCUGGUGGACUGCAGGAAAACAACGGGGCUGAGUGGAACUGUGAGAGGAGGAGAAGAGAAGAAAGGAUCAGAUUUGACACAUCAAAGAGAAAGACCAGACUCAGAGGAACAGGAGCCAGGGACGUUCAAACCAACAAGAAGACACCAGUGUUCCCACUGUGUAAAGUGGUUUAACAAGUUAGGGAACCUGAAACAACAUGAGAGAAUACACACCGGGGAGAAGCCUUACCAUUGCUCCCAAUGUGGAAUGAGUUUCAACCAGCCGGGGGAGCUGAAAUGGCAUGAGAGAAUACACACAGGGGAGAAGCCUUACCAUUGCUCCCAGUGUGGAAAGGAUUUCAACCGGCCGGGGGUUCUGAAACAGCAUGAGAGAAUACACACAGGGGAGAAGCCUAACCACUGCUCCCAGUGUGGGAAGAGUUUUAGCAAUUUAGGGAGCCUGAAAAGACAUGAGAGAAUACACACAGGGGAGAAGCCUUACCAUUGCUCCCAGUGUGGAAGGAGUUUUGGCCAUAAAGGAAACCUGAAAAAACAUGAGCGAAUGCACACAUGGGAGAAGCCUUACCACUGCCCCCAGUGUGGAAAGUGUUUCAACCGGCCGGGGGAUCUGGAACGGCAUGAGAGAAUACACACAGGGGAGAAGCCUUACCAUUGCUCCCAAUGUGGAAAGGGUUUCAACCGGCCGGGGGAUCUGGAACGGCAUGAGAGAAUACACACAGGGGAGAAGCCUUACCACUGCUCCCAGUGUGGAAAGCAUUUUAACCAGAAAGGACACCUGAACAAACAUGAGAGAAUACACACAGGGAGAAGCCUUACCACUGCUCCCAAUGUGGAUGGAGUUUCAACCAUCCGGGGGAGCUGAAACGGCAUGAGAGAAUACACACAGGGGACUUGCUGUCUUAUAUUGUUGACUGAUAAUGAUUACCUGUUUUUACCAUAUGAUCUUGAAUUGUACAAAGUAUACUAAAACAUAUAUUUGUAUGUUUUUAUUAGAAAACAUGAAUUGAAUAUGGAGUAUGUCAGUUUGAAUAUAGAGUAGGUCAGAUUCCAUGUGUUUAAAUGGUCCUUUUUUAACCUGUCUAGGAUGAGGGUGCCGCUAGCGGAACUCCCCCCCCACCCCCACUGAAAAACCAGUGCCGCGAAAUUCAAAACAUUUUUUUUUUUUUAAAUAUUUAACUUUCACACAUUAAAGUCCAAUACAGCUAAUGAAAGACACAGAUCUUGUGAAUCCAGCCAACAUGUCCGAUUUUUAAAAUGUUUUACAGGGAAGACACAAUAUGUAAAGAUGUAAAUCUAUCUACCUUAUUUGUCCACCAACACCAGUAGCUAUCACCAAUUCGGCUAAACUAAGAUAUUUAUAGCCCCUAACCAAGAAAAAAACUCAUCAGAUGACAGUCUAACAUAUUUAUGGUAUGGGAUAGGUUUUGUUAGAAAAAUGUGCAUAUUUCAGGUAGAUGGCACAGGUUACAAUUGCACCCACCGUCACAAAUGGACUAGAAUAACUACAUAGAGCAACGUGUUUACCUACUUACUAAUCAUCAAACAUUUCGUAAAAAUACACAGCAUACACUAAUCGAAAGACACAGAUCCUGUGAAUACAGACAAUAUUUCAGAUUUUCUAAGUGUCUUACAACGAAAACACAAUAAAUCGUUAUAUUAGCAUAGCACAGGUGCAAACAUUACCCCAGCAUUAAUUCUAGCCAAAGUGAGUGAUAACGUAAACAUCGCCAAAAUAUAUUAUUUUUUUCACUAACCUUCUCAGAAUUCUUCAGAUGACACCCCUGUAACAUCACAUUACAACAUGCAUAUAGUUUGUUCGAAAAUGUGCAUAUUUAGCCACCAAAAUCAUGGUUAGACAAUGGGGAAAGUAUCCCAGCUGGUGAGAAAAUGUCCGUGCGCCAUAUUAGACAGUGAUCUACUCGUAUACAUAAAUACUCAUAAACGUGACUAAAAAAUAUAGGGUGGACAUCGAUUGAUAGACAAUUUAAUUCUUAAUACAAUCGCGGAAUUACAUUUUUUAAAUUAUCCUUACUUUUCAAUACAGUUUGCGCCAAGCGAAGCUACGUCAAAAAACAUGGCGUCCUAAGCCACUAACAUUUUUCGACAGAAACACGAUUUAUCAUAAUACAAAUUUCCUACUUUGAGCUGUUCUUCCAUCAGUAUCUUGGGCAAAGGAUCCUUUCUUGGGUCUAAUCGUCUUUUGGUGGAAAGCUGUCCUCUUGCCAUGUGGAAAUGCCAACUGCGUUCAGCAUGAACUGGAAGCGUGCCCAGCGAUUCACAGCGUUUCAGAAAUAAAUGUCCCAAAAUCGCACUAAACGGAUAUAAAUUGCUAUAAAACGCUUUAAAUGAACUACCUUAUGAUGUUUUUAACUCCUAUAACGAGUCUUAACAUGACCGGAGAAAGAUUACUCCCAACACUAAUGCUUGGAACAGGUGCGGGUCGGUGUCCUCCAGGCGCAUGACGCAGCUCCAAAAGAGUGACUAGCUACAGGGUUUUUUAAAUUAUAGUGCCUGUGAACGCGCAAUCGACCCCAUUCAAAUCGUCAUCACGUAAAGGCAUCCAGGGGAAGAUGUAAGCAGUGUCCGUAUACUCAUAGGAAUAACAUUGGCUUUAAAACUGACUCCAGAACAGUGGCCAAAAUUUCUGAAAUCUGACUCCAUGUCAGGGAAAUUGCUGUAGAAUGGGUUCUGUUCCACUUAGAGACAAAAUUCCAACUCCUAUAGAAACUAUAGACUGUUUUCUAUCCAAUAAUAAUAAUAAUAUGCAUAUUGUACGAUCAAGAAUUUUGUAGGAAGCCGUUUCAAAAAUUACACGAUUAGCAUAAAUAGUGACAACAGCGCCCCCAGCCUCAACAGGUUAAACUCUGUGUUUGUGUGUAUCUGGGUGUCUUUCCUCCAGCACCACAGAUAUAAAGUGAUAUUUGGAUGUGAUGCAUUUGUUCCGUUGUUUUCAUUUGCAAUGUUGGCCCACUGAUGAUUUAAUUAAAUGAAAAUGUUCACAGACUCUGUAUUGCAAAAUGUUAAUUGUAUGUGUCCACAUAUCUGAGUAUGUGACUUGUGGUGGAUGAAUCAGAAUUAGUUGGGUAACAUAGAUAAUUAAGAUUUCUUAUCUGCAUAAUAUGCUCAUGUGAUAUACUUGUUAUUAGAUUGUAUCCCUUCGGACUCUGGUGUUGGCAGUUGCACUUCUUCCCUCAGCUGGGGCUCAGUCACCUGGGGCCCAGAGAGGGGAGAGGUCAGGCUUGUCUUUCACAUGUCCCUGGUGCUAUGCAGAAUAUCAGGAAGGGAAGAGGACAGGAGGGAACAUUGUCUUCAUAUGUGAAUGUAUCUGUUAAACUAUGUGAAGGGAUGGUGUGAGUAAUGGGGAACCAAUUACUGGUUUCCACAAUGUCUGUGCGCAAGUCACUGCCUCCUUUGGCAUUGGGGGGAGGUGUAUGGCAGUGUCUGGAACCAUUGUAUGGCCUCUCCGAUGUUGCACUUAUCCUGGGAUAGUGUAUGACCUAGAGGCUCACUCCCCUCUGUGAGCUUGUCCAGGAGUGGGGUCAAGAAGGGGUUUUACUUGAGAUGGGAGUAUUUAGAGUUGACAAUUGAGUUAUGCCAUUGGAUGAGUUGGUGUUUUUGUGCUAUGAAGUACCAGGAACGAGAUUAGUACAUCGUCUUAGGGACCAAACUGAAUGAUAAAUUAUAGCGAAUGCUAUCUGGCUUCGGGAUACUCCUUUGUCAUUAUAAAGUCUCACUUUGUAAACUGUUCCUAAUAUCUGUGGUUUAUGUUGACUAGGGGGUGGAUCUUUGCUAUAAAAGAUCUCAGUAGCCAUUGUGUUGCCACUCUCAAUGGUUCAUUAGAAAUAGUGAAUUGUUGAAAGACAUUGCAAAGAUCUUAUUAUUAAAGAUGUAGUUUAAGUAUAACUCUGAUUGGUGUGUGAAGUUUGUCUCUCCUCAUUUGGUAAUACAGAAAUUAACCACCACAGACUAACCUUGUGAAACUGACCUAUUAUAAUCUCCUGUUCCUGGGAGUAUCAUCCUGUGUUGCAAACCAGCUGCACCUGCGUCCUUGUAUGAAUACAGUCCCUCCCAGGAACAGGAAACUAUAAAGAUAUGUGCUCAUCACCCAAUGCUUCAGGAAUUCAGACUGUCUACACUGCGCUGUGUAACUGUUAUUCUCUCUGAGCUCAAAAAUAAAGAAUCUUGGUUUGA